CGGCGGGGUUGCGCCGGAUGUGGGGCGGGAGCCCCGGAAGCGGAGGCUUGCGCCUCCUCGGCGGCGGAUUCGAGGGUUUGUUUUGUUGGGAGAGUUUUCUGAUGCGCUGCUGGUGACCCGCCAUGCCGUCCGAGGGUCGCUGCUGGGAGACUCUAAGUGCGCUGCGGAAUUCCAGCAAAGGCCGCCUGCGCUACCACCGCGAGUGGUUGAUGCACUACGAGGAUGUGUUGGAAGAAUGCACAUCUCUUCCCAAACUGUCUUCUUACUCUGGAUGGGUGGUAGAUCACAUCCUACCCAACACCUCACCCCACCUGCAAGAGAACUCUCCUUCUGAUAAUUCACCAUCCUCUGGAUCUGCUUCAGGCCUGGACCAACCCUCCCUUCUUAAGUCUCCUGUCAGAAGCACCCCGGAACCCCCCUCACCUUCAACACCAAAUGGAACCAAGAGCACAUAUGAGUCCCAGCACACAGAACCUAUUGCUCUUCUGUCCUCCCGAGCAAUCAAAGUGGAAGGCUGCAUCAGAAUGUACGAAUUGGUGCACAGAAUGAGAGGAACGGAGGGCCUGAGACAGUGGCAGGAGGAGCAGGAGAGGAAGGCACGAGCCCUCUCAGAGAUGGCAUCUGAACAACUAAAGAGGUUUGAUGAGCUGAAGGAACUGAAGCUGCAUAAGGAAUUCCAGGACUUACAGGAAGUGAUGGAGAAGAGUACCAGAGAAGCCCUGGGGCACCAGGAGAAGCUAAAAGCUGAGCAUCGCCACAGAGCCAAGAUUCUCAACCUGAAGCUUCGGGAGGCAGAGCAGCAGCGUGUCAAGCAGGCAGAGCAGGAGCAGCUCCGGAAGGAGGAAGGCCAGGUCCGUCUGCGCAGCCUGUACACCCUACAAGAGGAGGUCCUUCAGCUUAACCAGCAGCUGGAUGCCUCCAAUCAGCACAAGGACCUGCUGAAUGUCGACCUGGCUGCCUUCCAGACCCGGGGCAACCAGCUGUGUAGCCUCAUCUCUGGAAUCAUUCGCACCACUUUGGAGAGUGGUUAUCCCACAGCAGAGAACCAAGCUGAGGCUGAGAAAACCCUGCAGGAAAUGCGGGACCUCCUCUCAAAUUUGGAGCAGGAAAUCACCAGAGCCUAUGAAGUCAAGAAGAAGCAGGAUGAAGAGGAGGCCCGGGCCAAGAUGCAAGAAUCACAGGUGCAGCAAGGUUCAGGGGCUCCCACCCAGCCCCCAGUGCACAGUCCAGGCCCAGCAGUGACACAGAAUGAAGACCUGCAGGUGAAGGUACAAGAUAGUACCAUGCAGUGGUAUCAGCAACUUCAGGAUGCUUCUGCCAAAUGUGUGUUGGCCUUUGAGGGCCUGACCAGCAGCAAGGACAGUCAGGCUAAAAAGAUAAAGAUGGACUUGCAGAAGGCAGCCACCAUCCCAGUGAGCCAGAUCUCCACCAUUGCAGGUUCAAAACUGAAGGAGGUCUUUGAAAAGAUCCAUAGCCUACUCUCCGGGAAACCUGUUCAAUCUGGCGGGCGUUCUGUGUCUGUUACUCUUAACCCACAGGGGCUGGACUUUGUCCAGUACAAACUAGCAGAGAAAUUUGUGAAACAAGGGGAGGAGGAAGUGGCCUCUCACCAUGAAGCAGCAUUCCCCAUUGCAGUGGUGGCAUCUGGUAUCUGGGAGCUCCACCCUAAAGUGGGAGACCUCAUCCAUGCUCAUCUCCACAAGAAGUGUCCCUACUCUGUUCCUUUCUACCCAGCUUUUAAGGAAGGGAUGGCCUUAGAGGACUAUCAACGGAUGCUUGGCUACCAAGUGACAGAUUCUAAGGUGGAGCAACAGGACAACUUUCUAAAACGAAUGUCUGGGAUGAUCCGUUUGUAUGCUGCCAUUAUCCAGCUCCAGUGGCCAUAUGGAAACCGGCAAGAGGCUCAUCCCCAUGGCUUAAAUCAUGGCUGGCGCUGGUUGGCACAGAUCUUAAACAUGGAGCCUCUGUCAGAUGUGACAGCCACCCUGCUGUUUGACUUUUUGGAGGUGUGUGGGAAUGCCCUCAUGAAGCAGUACCAGGUCCAGUUCUGGAAGAUGAUACUUCUCAUCAAAGAAGACUACUUCCCCAGAGAUUUAGAACUUCCUUAGUGUGUUUUUAUAUAUAUUUGUACCAUGUGACUAAGACGUUCAUCUUUCACAGCCUUUUGUCAGUCUCUUGUCAGAUCUGGUAGUUGCUAUAGGUGUCAUGCACAGAACAGCAGAACUGGCCUAUCUCAUUUUCACAAGUUAUAAGAGGAGGUCAGACGAGGCACUGAGCACUUGGCUGCAUCCUUUGUGUCGAGUAUGUUUCAGAAAGUUGGUGAUACUUUAUCUGUUUCCCUCUGACCUGGAGUGAGCCAACCUUUUUCACUUCCACUCUGCCCCAUCCCUUUUCAUACACAUAUUAGAAAGAAUAAGUCUCUCAAGAUUCCCUUUAUAGUAUCAUGUGGUGAUGAGGCCAAUUCUCUUCUAUGCAGGGGGUGUGAGGUAAAUAUGCUUUAUACUUGAUGGCUUGUAAACUCCUUGUAUAUUCACAGGACAUGUAUGAUAUAGGCAUGGAUUGAACCCCAGAGUGCAUCAGGGUAGCAGGUAUGUGGAUCAGGACUAGGAACAUGCAACAUAGAGUACUCCCUGUCGUCUUGACCUGGAAUUUGGUCCCUGAAUAUCUGGGGAUGCUGUACUAGAUUAGGUACCUUUUUGUUGUUUUUCUGACAGAAAUGAAGAUGGGCUAAGAUACACCUUAUGGGGUUAGGUGAAAUCGAAUCAUCACCAGCGAAUGCAUUGGUCAUCAGGAGGAGCUGACUGUCUCAGAUAGGAGUCGGCAUUAGGAAUAGAUGGACUCUGCACUACACAGGCAGAGCCAAGGUCUAUCUAUUCUGCAAGCAGAAGGCCUUGUGUGGUGGGUAUUCAUUGGUUCUCUUAAAUGGCCUAAGCAUUUCAGUUGUUGACUACAGUGCCCCAAAAAAGUAAUAAAGCUUGAAUUUUUAAAAAUCCUCUGC